AUGAUGCUCGAAAAUAGAAACGCAAUGAUGGGUGAUACAGAAUAUGAAAUAAAUAUAUACGACGAGAAAAAGGCGCAUUUUGAAGCUCUGAGCGCCAUCUCCAAAUCGCUAAAAUAUGACUUUAAAGAUUUUGUUCAUCUAAUUUGUAAGGUGAAAAAUGUGAGAAGGCAUGGAAAGUUGUUACUAUUCUGUGAUACAAUUUCUAAUGGGAAAAUAAAUACAGAGGAAAAUAUUUUAUUUUACAAAUAUCACCUUUUGAAAUAUGAUGAUGUGCAAGGGGGUCCUGCUAGGGUGGAAGAAAGUUCUCGCUGUACGGGUGAUAAUAAUGGAGGUGCUCCCUAUUGCGUAGUGAAAUAUAAAUUUAAUGAAGAAUUUUUAUCGGAAGAUAGGAAUAUUCAAUUGGUAAUCAGCAAGGAGUUUUACGUAGACGAAGAAAAAUUUGAUUCAUUCCGAAAGUCCUUAUUGAAAGAAAUCUACACAGAACAGGAGGAUAGGGAAGCCAGUCAUGGUAGGGAAGCCUGUCGUGGUAGGGAAGCCAGUCAUGGUAGGGAAGCCUGUCGUGGUAGGGAAGCCAGUCAUGGUAGGGAAGCCUGUCGUGGUAGGGAAGCCAGUCGUGGUAGGGGUUUGUUCGAACAUUCACUUCGACUGUCCAACGAGUUUUAUGCUAAUAUGAAGAAGGAGGAUAUGCAGACAUCUACCGAGGAAGGGAGGUCCAUGAGGGAUAACUCAACAGAUAACAUGGAAAACGACCCCCUAUUGCUAGUGAACGAAUAUAUAAAAUAUGAAAUUUUAAGGAAGGUCAUAAAAACGGAUACGCUUUUGUACAUUGUAGGAGUACCUGCCUUGACGAACACGAAUGAGAAAUCCUUAUUGGUUUUUUCCGCCUACCUCCUUAAGGUUAACUACGAAUUCUUCAACAUCAACGAACUGUUAAAAUUAUUCGAAGGAGGUUUUUUUUCCAUGCUAACUGUGUGCAGAAGUUUGGGAGUGAAGGAAAGAGAUAUCCGGCAGAUUUAUAACAAUAGGGAGGAUACAAAAAGAAGAUUCAUACGAAGUAUUAUCUACAAAAAUAAAAAUUAUGAAAGUAUAAGUAAUCAGAAAAUGAAUAAUUUUGAAAUUUUCAUUUUAAAAAUUAUUGACAUAAUUCCCAAACUGUUUGAAAUACAACCGAGCGAAUUUAACUACAAAAUGGAAAUGAAUGAUGACAAACGUUUGCACAGGAUUAUGCUUUGUGACUUGAACCUAAAUCAGAUUAAUGAUCAUGUAACAGUGGAUACAAAGGAAAGUGGAAAUUCCAUAGAACAAGAAAAGAAGAAGAAAAAAAAAAAAAAAAAAAAGAAGAAAAAAGAUAUAACAUCCUAUAUGAAUAAUAAGAAGAUGCCGCAAAUACAGUGGAUGAUUAAUCACAUAAAAAUAUUACUGGAAGAAAUAGAAAAAGGAAAUUCAAAAAUUAAGUUGUUUAGAGGGGAGGAUAUAUUUUUUUACAUGUCCACAUUGGUGAACAAGUAUAUAGAAAGCAACGACAAGUUUUUUCAAAAUUAUUUAGAAUUUAUGGAGCUCUUUAUGGAGAAAAAUGAUCAACUCGUUAGUGUGCACAACACAGAAAAGAUAAGAAAAAGUAUACAACUUUUGAGAGAAAAAAAUGCAAACUUGUUUGAAAAUUCGAAAUGGAGUGAUGUCCAGUUUUACGACAUUAAGGAGUUCUACUUGGAGAAGUGCACCAAGACGAGUGGACAUUUGAACAGGAGUUGUAAAAGGUUAGACGAGGAAAAUACACCCAUGAAUGAUGACUGUCCUGAUGGAGUAACCUUUGAAGAGAAACAAAGUGUAGUGCAUGAAAUGGGGAGAAAAGGAAACACUGAUUGUCACUCCCAAUUCACGCAUAAGACGAUUGACGAGAACAAUUUGAUGUAUGAUUAUUGCAUCCUUGACGUCGGUGGAGGUAAAGGAGAUUUGGGAAUUCACAUUUCGUUAGCCUUUAAAAACGUGCUAGUAAUAAUAUUAGACAUUAACGUAAAUUCACUGUUCAGUUGUUUCAUAAAAAUUUAUGCGAACAAAAUUAAGAACGUGCUAAUUAUGCACGAAUCGAUAUUAAAUUUUGAUUUUAAAAAAUAUAAAAUAAAUUUAAUAGUCGGUUUACAUAGCUGUGGAGGAUUAACUGAUUAUAUUUUGAAAACCUGCAUUGAAGAAAGGAUCCCUUUUCUCACUUGCUCUUGCUGUUAUACGAAAUAUAGGGAGUUGAGAAAACACAUAUUCGAUUUUAACAAUGAUAUGAUAGUUAAUCAAAUUGAAAAUUAUAUUUACAAUAAGGAGUAUUAUGCCCAGGUAGGCUACAGCAUUGGUCAGUAUACGGAGGAGACUGGUGGGACAUCAAAAGAAGAGCACACCGAUGUGAUGAAUGUUGUGCAGGGUUCGACUGAGGAGGUUGUUCAUCUGAAUGUUCAGGCUUCUUCCAGAGAUGCAAGAACGCACAUGGCUGCUGAUGCAGGUGGAGAAGUGGGAAACAUGGACACCGUUUCCCAUAUUGGCAAAUUGGGCGAGUUAGAUGAUUCUCCUACACACAGAAAAAAGUACGACAAGUAUGAGAAAAAAAUAAUGAGGAGAACCAUCCCGAACAUAUAUUCGUUCGUAAAUUUACUGUCCAAAUUAUGCGAGAGCGAAAACACCAGAAUUUCAUUUAAGUGCAUGCACUUUUAUAAUAACUUAAGAUUUCAAAUUUUGCAAAAGUUGUUUAGUUCCAGGGGGGAUGGGGGAGAAGGGGAGGAAUUAAAUUUGUCACUGCACUCAUUCCCCAUAUCCUUUUCGCCGAAAAAUAUAGUCCUGAAGGGCGUCUUCUCGAAGAAAGGGGUGAAGCGAUGA